AUGUUAAUGAACCAAUCAUCAUCUCCUCCUCCUCCUCCUGUCUCUCAGAGAAUCAUGUCCUCAACAAGGCUCGAUGAUCAGCAGCAGCAGCAGCAGGAACUGCUGGCCAACAAGCAAGAAGAAGUGGGACGAGGCCAAGAGUGCUACAGCCAAUCUCACCCACCACCACCACCAGGAGGAGGAGGAGGAUUACCCUUGGAUCAUCUCCACCCACCUGCUUCUUUCAAGUGA